UAAGCGUCAAUACCUCAGUGGCGUCAUUUUUCGGCGCCAUUUUGUUACUAAAGUGAAGCUGGCUCGAGUGUGGUGUGUCGCGUUAAAUGCUAUACUGAUAAUUUUAAUAAUUAAGGAUAGAUAUAAGAAGUGAACACAAUAUGGUGCCGCAAACGAAAGUGUUCAUCGGGAGCCUGCCCCAGGGCUCUAAGCCGGAGGAGCUUCGCAAACUGUUCGAACGCUUCGGCGUCGUGACAGAAUGCGACAUAAUGAACCGGUGCGGCUUCGUGCACAUGCAGACCGAGGAUCAGGCGGCGGCAGCCAUCCGGGGCUUAAAUAACUCUACCUUCAACGGCGGCGUCAUCACGGUCGAGCGCGGCCGCAUCAAGGAGCGCGGCCAGCGCGGCGGUCCCGGCGGCGGCCGUGGCGGCAUGGGCGGGCGCGGAGGCAUGCGCAGCGGCGGCAUGGACCGCCGGGGCGGCGGCCCCAUGCGCGGCGGGCCCAUGGGCGCCCGGGACGCGCCCUACAUGCGCGACUCGCGCGGCAUGGGGCCCAUGGGCGGCCGGGACAUGCGCGGCCCGCCCAUGGGCGGCGGCGGCGGCAUGGCCAUGCGCAAUGGCAUGGGCGGCGGCGGCUACGACCGCGGCGCAGAGCGCGGCUUCGGUGGCGGCGGCGGCGGUGGCUACGGCGACGACCGCUACGGCGGGUACGGCGGCGAGGACCGCCGCGGUUUCGCGCUCGCCCGCGACGGCUACGGCGCGGCGCCCAUGUACGACGACCGGCGAGCAGGCUACGCCGCGGAGGACAUGAGCGGGAUGUACGCGGACGACCGCCGCGCGCCGAUGUACCCCGACGAGCGAGACAUGAUGGAUCGACGAGCGCCUAUGAGAGGUGCCGUGCCCAUGUCCGGUGGUUAUGACAGAGGAGCACCUCCCCGAGCUGCACCCAUGGGCAAUGGAGACAUGUUCAGCAGACGAUCACCCAUGCGUGCUGGAGCAGGAGCCGGCUAUGACCGGGACCCGUACACGCAGCAGUACCCCCCCAUGGGCCGCGGCGGCGGCGGCGCGGCCAGAGGCGCUCGCGACGGCGGGCUCGGCCGGCGGUACUAGGCGCCUGCACUAGACUAGGCGCCUUCACUAGACUAGGCCGGCGGUACUAGCAGCCUCCCCUAGACUAGGCCGUGCGCGACACGAACACUGUACCAUAGUCUUCCGGCGCCCGACUCCGAUCCGGGCUCGCGUACCUAACGAUUAGGAGAUUACACCGCGCUAGCGGCCUCUAGACAGUAAGUUGAAGACGGUGAACGCUAUGUGAAUCGCUUUGUAAUUUUAAUAAACGAAAAUCAUUUUCACGAGACGGUUUCAUUUACCCCGGUCGAAAUCCGGCGUCCGGUGACGACGUCUUGACUUGAUUUGUAUAAUUUUACCGAUCACCCUUUCCGAUUAAAAGUAAGACUUAAAUGAGAAUAUUGAUAGCGCUAUUGUUUUAAGUUGUAUAUUUUCGUAUGAAUUAAAUUUCGUAGAAUAUCA